UAAUCCUAAUCGAUUAGGAAUCAUUCUAGUAACGAAUAUUAAACAACAAAGGAAAAUAAUGCGUGCUUUUGUUAUAUUGUGUUUAGUGGCAGCAGCUUGCGCCAAUCAAUUGGGUUACAACUAUCAACCAGUGGGUCACAGCUCAAACAGUGUGCCCAGUUUUGCUGGUUUACAAGGUGGUGCUGAGGUUUCUAUUGGAUCUAGCGGUUCUUCCAGUUACGCUGGUUCUGGAGGAGUUUCCAACUUUGCUGCUCGUUCUAAUGCAGCCCCCAGUUUUGUUGGUUCUCAAGGAGUAUCCAACUACGCUGCCGGUUCUAAUGUAGCCCCCAGUUUCGUUGGUUCUCAAGGAGUUUCCGAUUAUGCCACUGGUUUAAAUGCCGGCCCUAGUUUUGCUGGAUCUCAAGGAACUUCCGAUUAUGCUGCUGGUUCAAGUGCCGCCCCUAGUUUUGCUGGCUCUCAAGGCGAUUUAGGUCAAGCUUCUCACGAUAAUGCUGCAUUCGCUCCCCAAGCUGAACUUGAAAAGGAAUUCUUCACUUAUACCGCCAACGAUGAAGACUUCAAUGAUCCCGCUGCAUCCAAUCAAUUGUCUAACUCUGUGAAGCAAGGUCUCCGUGUUAUUUUCAUUAAGGGCCCUGAAAACAGCGGAUUGGAAAAUGCUGCUCUUACUUUGGCAAAACAGGGUUCUGAACAAAAGACCGAUAUUUAUGUUCUCCAGAAACAAGCUGACCUUAGUACCUUGGCUAACAAAUUGAGCACUGACAACAAGAACAACAACAACAAACCAGAAGUACAUUUUGUUAAAUAUCGUACCCAAGAAGAUGCCAUCAAUGCCCAAAAAGCAAUUCAAGGUCAAUAUGAUUCUUUGGGUGGUACUUCUCAAUCUCAUGAUGGCGGUGUUGCUCCAGUAUUGAACUUUGCCUCGAAAGCUCCUGUUGCAACACAUGGAUCCGCUGGUUCUCCUGGUGUUGGUUCUCAUGGAGCUGGUUCUCUUGGUGCCGGUUCUCUUGGUGCUAGUUCCCUUGGUGGUAGUUCUUUCGGUACUGGUUCUAUCGGUACAGGUUCCCUUGGUGGUGUUUCAAAUGUUGGUGCAUCUUAUAUUCCUCCUUCAUCUAGCGCUGGUGUUUCAGCUCCAGGUCCAUCUUAUCUUCCCGCUUCAAUUUUCCGUCGCUUGUAAGAUCUGAUGUUUAUUGUUAUUGUUGUUUAAUUUUAAGCAAAUAAAACUCGAACUUUUAAACACAAAUAAAA